AUGGUCGGGCACUACGAUCAUGCCCAGAGCCCCCAGUCCGCUGGUUCUGGAUACCUCAACAUGAAGGACACAGCGACGAUCCACCUGCCGCGCAUUCUCUGUCUCCACGGCGGGGGCACCAACGCACUUAUCUUCCGUAUGCAGUGCCGUGUGCUUGAGAAGCGCCUCGGAAGAUCUUUCCGUCUCGUCUAUGCACAGGCUCCAUUCACCAGCGUGGAACCUGGGCCGGAUGUAACGUCUGUCUACAAGGACUACGGGCCUUUCAGGGUCUGGCUCCGUGAUCACCGCAUGCCUGGAGUCUGGACGUCCCGGGAUGUUGCUGCAGGAAUCGACGCCGCUCUUGCGCUGGCCAUGGCUGCCGACGACGCCAAGGGGGCGACAGGAGACUGGGUUGGCCUAUUGGGAUUCAGCCAGGGCGCAAAGGUGGCAGCCAGCAUCCUUUACCGGCAGCAGAKGUGCGGGGUGACCAGCUUCCGGUUCGCUGUCCUCUUUGCCGGUCGUGGGCCGCUGGUCUGGCUCAUGCCUGACCUCCCCCAGCCGCAAGGCUUGGUCGACGCCGCCACACCGUUUACACAUCCUGCUCCUCCCUGGCUCACUUUGGGUUCCGACGAGCACAUGUUGCGGCUGCCCACGAUCCACGUCCAUGGGCUGAAAGACCCCGGCCUGGACCAUCACCGAGACCUGCUUCAGGAGUACUGCGACCCGCUACAGGCCACGCUCUUGGAGUGGGAGGGCGGCCAUCGCAUGCCUAUCAAGAGCCGAGACGUCGAGACGAUCGUCCACCAGAUUCACAAAAUUGCACAGGAGACAGAGUCUCCGUACCUGAUGACCAGCUUGGGUGGCGUGAUGUUUAGAAAAGAACGCAAAUGGAAGGCCAGUCGAGAAAAGGUUCUCAAUGCAAAAGAUUAG